CUACUAGAUAUACUGUGUUAGCGGCGACAACUUUUUCAAGAUGGCAAGCGCGGUGGAAGAUAUCGUGGCACAGGCGAAGGAAAAUAUUACCGAGUAUCGAAAUGCGACAACUGCGAGAGUGCCGUCGACACCUGAAGGAAUGGCGAUUGCUUACGGUAGUCUCAUUAUAAUGGCUAUUUUACCGAUUUUUUUCGGUAGCUAUCGUGCCGUCAGACAUCAUAAGGAACAGCAGCAACAAUAUAAAGCCAGUGGCGAACAACCUGACACGAUGUCUCGUAGAGAGGCUGCCAUGUUCCCUCUUAUUUCCAGCGUUACGUUAAUUGGCUUGUAUAUAUUGUAUAAGGUAUUUGCGAAAGAGUAUGUUAACCUGAUAUUGGCUGGAUAUUUUUUCUUUCUUGGCAUUUUAGCUUUGUGUCAUCUUACGAGCCCGUUGAUCUCAUCGUUGGUACCUGCUGCGAUUCCAAAAACGCAAUAUCACAUUUUAUUUACGAAAGGAAAAGAUGAUAAAGAAGAGCAUAUAAUUAACUACAAAUUUAAUCUACAUGACAUUGUUUGUCUUAUAUGCUGUUCAUUUGUGGGUGCUUGGUAUCUUUUAAAGAAACACUGGAUAGCUAACAAUCUAUUUGGUAUAGCCUUUGCCAUAAAUGGAGUCGAAUUAUUACAUCUCAACAAUGUCGUGACUGGUUGCAUUUUGCUCUGUGGUCUUUUAUUUUAUGAUGCCUUUUGGGUAUUUGGUACAGAUGUAAUGGUGACGGUCGCAAAAUCCUUUGAAGUGCCCAUUAAACUCGUUUUUCCACAAGAUCUUUUAGAAAAGGGCUUAAGCGCUAAUAAUUUUGCCAUGCUGGGAUUGGGUGACAUUGUAUUGCCUGGUAUCUUUAUCGCGUUACUGCUGCGAUUUGAUAACAGUCUUAGUAGGAAGACGAAUGUUUACUUUUAUUCGACGUUCUUUGCAUAUUUCAUGGGAUUACUUGCCACCAUGAUGAUCAUGCACUUAUUUAAUCAUGCGCAACCUGCUUUAUUAUAUUUAGUACCCGCGUGUGUAGGCACGCCCUUACUAUUAGCGUUAGUCAAAGGAGAUCUCAAGGCAUUGUUUUCAUAUGAAGAUCAUCCGUCGCAACUCACAAAUGGAACGCAACAAUCGGAUCAAACGCAAGUAGAAGCGAAAAAGGAUAAAUAAUACAUUAAUUAAUAAGGCAAAAAAAUAUAAUAAAAAACUCGCGGGACAUUAUUCGUCGCGUUAUGAUUUUCCGAAUUCUUGCGAACGAAAAAAAAGAGAAAACGUUGUUUAUGGUUCAUGCUCAAAACGUACAAUUAUGAAAAGUACUAUAGCUAUAGAGCUUAUACUUAUGCCUUGCGUGCACAUCAACCGCAAGAUAUAUAAUUCCGAUAAUAUGAUUCUAAAAGUAGAUAAUACUCGCGGAUAUCGUUCGCGGAAAAAAAAAUAGUUCACUGAAGUAGAAAAAAUGAGUGUGAUAAUCAUGAAUGCCGUUUCGUUUGCAAACAAAGAGAAAUUUUUAUCACUCAUGUAUGGUAUCGAUGGAAACCAUUCCGAGAUACUGAAUGAAAAGAUACUGAUACUGGGAAGAUGUAACAACGAUAUAAAGUUUCGUUAUUUCAUAGUGUAAAAUAGUAUAAAAAUACUUCCAACUCUUGAUUUAUAUUUUGUACAUAGUAAUGUACUGUAGACUGUUAUAUGAAAGUCUGUCUGAGUUUUACAGUGCAUUUUACAUUCAAAAAAUUAGUUCAGAAUUAAAUUUCAACUAUAUAUAAGUUUUUACUUGUAGCAAAUUUUCAUCAUCAGAUUUAUCUUUCUGAUUUUUACCAUGUGUGAGUGAUAAUCGUGAAAUGUGAAUAUAAAAAUGACCCUCUUUCUUUUGCAAUGCAUUCAACCAAUUAAUAUAAAACAGAUAUGAAAAAUUAUUUAAAAAUUCAUAAUAAAAUAUGAAGAAAUGCGAGAGUCCGCUGUAUCUGUAUGCUAAUAUAUACCUACCUUAUUUAUUUGCGAAAACUGCAUAAAUAUUUGAAAUUAAAAUAAACUUACAUUUUUUAUUCGCAAGUGUAUGUACAAAAAAUAAAAUCUAUUAAAAUUGUGCAAUUUUUUUAAGUUGUUGAAAAAAAAUUUUUAUGAAAAUUA